AUGCAAUCAGAGCCUACUGCAGUUUUCGGACACACCCCUCUGGUCGACCCAUCUCACGAAGACUCUUACAAUUACACCCAGCAUGGACAUGAUUCGUGUGGCGGCCUCUCAGACUCCCACCUUCGGGUGGAAGACAGAGGCUCUGAUGCCGGCUCGGGCUCAUCCGAAGACGGCGAUUCCUCGUCCCUGAACGCGGGGGUCUCAUCCUUCGCCUCAGUCGAUCGAGUUAGCCAGUAUGAACAGGCCAUGGCCCAGUCGCCGAGAAGACAGCGGGACCUCGAGUUUCGAGUGAUGCCGUCAUCUGCCCCGUCCCGCCUGUCGCUGGAGGCUUUCCCUAAUGAGGUAUUGACGCAUAUUCUCUCUCACCUCCCGCCGUCGUCUCUUUCGUCUAUGGCCCUAGUGUCGCAUCGCUUUCACGGUCUGGUGACGACGCCGCACGCGUGGCGCAUCGCCUUUUCGCGCUACUUUCCGGGGCCUUAUACCACGGAGAGCAAUGGUCGUCUCUAUGGUGCCGAUCAUCUGGAAAAUAUUGCCUCCGACAAACGGUACUUUUCUAGAUUGACUGCGCUCGCCUCCUGGAGAUCGGAGUAUAUCCUGAGAACUCGUCUCUUGCGAUCCCUCGCGAGAGGCAAACCCACCCAGUUCGAGCCUUCUCGUAAGACUGGAACCGUGCGGUCUGCUAAUACCCGCAAUGGGAGUGCGGUUGUCACCUACACGUCGCAGCUACUGUACCCGGUCAGUCACAUGAGCGGGUCGUUUGGAGGAGAGACUAGGAGAAAGCAACCAGUCUUCAUCCACGGGGCUUCUGAACAAGGCAUAGCAUCGGCUAGUGACCCGUCUGCUGUGAAAGUCGGUACAUGGGGCCUGUCAGACCACCAGCUCUUUCGACACUUUGCCGACUUGUUCCCGGGCGAUGCUGAGUAUGGCCUGGGGUCUGGGAAUAUGGUUGGAGCUCCCAACAAGAUGGAUGUCAGUCAACCAUUUGGCAUGAUCUACGGCGAGGGCUGUCCGCAAGGGCGCACAUACUACAUUUCCUCCCAGGAGCAACGCGGCCGUUUCCUUUCCCUGACCGACUCCCUUCCACAGCAUCACCUGGGUAUUCCGACUCUCAACCCCAUCACCACAGCCGUCACCGCUGUAUGGAUUGCCAAGUCGACUCACGUCCUAAAAAUGACGUCCGGCCUGGUAGGAAUGCUUUCGGGAACGUCUUCUGGCGUGCUGCUGGCAUACGCUCUGGGUCCUCAUCCUGCUUACGAAAAUCGAUACGAACGAGGACAAGUGACUGCCAAAUGGGUCAUCUGCCCGGGCGUCCCGAUUGUGUCAAUUGCAGUUGACGACAAUUAUUCCACGAAGAGACAUGCUGGUCGUCGGAUCUGGGCGGUGGUCCUUAAUGCCCUGGGCGAGGUGUUUUAUCUUUCUGACUUGCCGCGGCAACCGGACGUCAAAUCCACGAAGAUGAGUCCUGAGGAGCUGGACGUUUUGUCAUGGAAAACAGGGCGGAGUGUUCGCUGGGAGCUUGCAGAACUAAGCAGGCGAACAGCACGACCUGACCCAUACAACCGGGACCCUGUCGAUGGUAGCUAUAGUCCUCGAUCUUCGUCGGAUGCAAUGAAUCUGGACAGCGAACAGAUCGCCGCGGAGACAAAAGAGAUCGAGCGGUUUAUGACUUUCAAGCCAAAGCAUUUCCGAAAGGUUUGCGGAGGCUGGGAUAUGAGACGGGAGCUGAAAGUCGACUUUGCGGGUGAUGAUGGUCACGGGGCGGGCGAGUCCUUGCUCGUCAUCACUCAUGGUUUUGCAGAGAACGCGAAGGCUUCGAUUAGGAGGUACACCAGGAAAGUUUCGAAGUCGGAACUGUCCGCUUCCUCCGAGCAUCACCCAGCGGUCGAGAACACUGCCCCGCCGUCCAUCUUUGGUGGUCCUCAAAAUAUCUCAACGCCGAGCCUGCCGUCUUCCAGGGCCUCUAGCAGUGUCGUUCUUCCGGUGUGCUCGGUUAGCAAUACUGAGUGGCGCAUCUCCGACUUCAUUUUAGGCGACCGGAAGUCAGUGCAAAUCUCCGCCACUGCUCUAGACGGUUCGACUUAUGCUUUGCUCACGCCCGACGAGGAUCCCCUUCUUGGGAUGUCAGGAGGCUCCACACAGUCUUCCGUGAUGUCGUCUCCACUGCCGCACAUGCAGCAGCCGUCAUCUCACCUGGAAAUACCGGGACAACGUGGUCGGUAUUUGGCUGUGGGUACCACUACUGGACUGGUCUUCGUCUGGGACAUACGCGCCCCCACUUCAAAGAAUACGGAUGUCAUCAACUCCGUCAGUCCAGUGCGGGUCAUCCAAACCGACUCACCGCAAGUAUCGUGCUUGGCAAUCACAUCGCUGUAUCUCGUUCACGGUGGAAACGAUGGGCUUGUGCAAGCUUGGGAUCCCCUCGCAUCGACCACACGGCCUAUCCGAACGAUCAACUCCCGCUUCUCUUCUCGCGCGCGGCGGCGUCUGAUCCAAGCCGAGGCCUCCAUUCACGGCGUGGGUAAUAAUUUUUACGCAACAGGGGCUAUCUGUCUGGACCCCGAUCCCACCGUCCUGCGAGGUAUGGUGGCUUUGGGGACCCAUCUGCGCUACUGGUCGUACAGCUCCACUGCCGCCGAUCAGUACAAAUCGAGCAAGCGCCGGUUUCGCCGCGGGCAAAGGGGCAGCAACAUGGGCCCUGAGGGCCAGCGGUUUAGCAGCAGCGGCCGCGGAGCGAUACAAGAUCAUAUUGAAGAUGAACGCAUCGAGAUGGAACGGCAAAUGGUGGAAGACGAGAAAGAACGAGCGCAUCUCAGCAAUCGGUUUGGGGUGGAUCUACUCGGGCCCGAUGUCAGCGAAGAGCAAUUGAUUGCAUACGCGCAGCUUUUAAGCGAGGAGGCGUAUGCCAAUGAUGCCGCCAAGCGCGGUGUGCCGGCCGACAUUUCCAUUGCUAGCACCCCGUCUAGUGACACCAUCGGACGGAAUGACAGUUCAGUCGCGCCAGACGAAAUCUCGUCAUCCUCAUCUCCCUACGAAUUUCCGGUGGAUGAUGAUCUCGCUCCGGACAUUGCUGAAGCGAUUCGGUUGAGUCUUCUGGAUGAGGGACCGGGGUCGUUUGAUUCUGCUCCCUCUAUUCCCAUCAAGUACUCCAAGGAGUAUCAACAAAGCCACGGGGGUUUCUCGCCAUCAGCGGAUGCCAUUGGCGAGAGCAGCCGCCAACAGGAGCUGGAUGACUUGGAGUUGGCGAUCCAAUUGAGCUUAGCGGACAGCCAGCCACCUGGGCACGAGUUCCCUGACGAACAGGAGGAAUUUCCUUCCAUCGCGGGGAGGUCGACUUCUGGCGGAGGCAAAGGGAAGGGCCGAGCUCUGUAA